AUGGAGCAGCCGAAGCAGCAGCUGCCGCAGGUGCCCCCGCGGGACGCCGCCGCCGGGGGCAAGAACAAACGCGACGACAUGCACAAGACCACCGGGGACGUGAUGACCCACUCGUUCGGGGAGGGGUACUCGACGCGGUCGGACGAGGAGGGCUUCGGUGGCGUGUACGGCGGGAACGACCCCGUGGAGCACCCGGGCACCGAGAUCCAUCCUAGCCACCCCGACUACGACACGUCGCAGGGUUCGGAGGUGAAGAAGGAGAAGGCGCGCCCCUCAAGGACGAAAAGCACGCCACCGCCUAGGCGCAGGCGGCUAUAUCAGUCGGGGUUGUCGGACGUUUAG